AUUGCCGAGCCCCGCGAGGGAAAAGAGGCUAGUGAGGAAGCAGAUCAUUAUCUGCUGUCAGGGUCGCGAUGCGGUGCACCAGAUGCGGCUAAUCGCAUGUGCAGGCAGCUCCAGGCUUGGCCUUUCGAACCGAUUAGGAAGGUAGCGAGUUGAGAAAAUCACCAGUCACGCGUGAAUUGCGGCGAGGUGCUGCUCUGGUCGCGCGGAAGUUAAGCCGACUCGGCUUAAUGUCUCGUACAACCUAGGCUUGAGUUGGACUAAGCGAAUUGCGCGAGUGUGGUAGAGAGCGGAUGCUGCGGAAGGGACGUACAAACAGUUGGUGCUCGGAAAACCGACUACUAGUUAAAGCUGUCCUGGCGAUUAUUACAGCUGUCUCGCCUGAUAGAUUCUAGUGGUCGGCCCUCGUUACAGGCACUGGCACACUCCAGUUAACAAUCGCUCCCUCUCAGCCGUGCUCCCGUUACAGCCACUAACACAGUGACUGACGGCCUUGCAACUCCCUUGAGUUGGUUUUUGAGAAUUCUCAAAAGGCGCCUAGCAUGUCGAAGCAGCCGACAGCAGCGCUACCGCCGUACCCGGAUCGGUUCUAUAUCGCGGCUCGGUACGCGGCAAUCCCGGGGACCGUGGAUAUUCCCGAGGGGUCGGGCAACUCCACGCAGUACUCCGAUCUCACGUGCCUAGCGCUCUACUCGCUGUACCAGCAGGCGGUACACGGCCCAUGCAACAAGCCGAAGCCAUGGGCGUGGAACAUAGUGGAGCUCGCCAAAUGGCAGAGUUGGACGGAGCUGGGCAAAAUGGCGCCAGUAGAGGCCAUGCGGCUGUUCGUGCGGGCGCUGGAGGAGGAGGACCCGAAUUGGUGGGCCAAUGCUCAACUACUGGAAGCAUCCGACCCGGCAGCACUAUCCGGGGCCUUCCCACAGACCUACCCUGAUGGCUACCCUGCGAUGAACGGAGCUGGCUUCCACCAAGGGGCCGCUGUGGAGGACACGGGCGUGAUGGGAGUGCUGCGGAGUAGUGACUGCGUCAACAAGUGGGUCGCUGCGCCCGUCACUGGGAGAAAGCCCUCAGCCAGAUACCAGCAUGCGGCAGAGAUCCUGGACGGGCGAAUGUACAUCGUAGGCGGCAACAGAGCCAGGUUCACCAGCGACGCGCAUGUGCUGGACCUCGCCACUCUCUCCUGGUCCAAGAUGGAGCUCUCGUCACCUGCCAACGCACUCCCACCCUGUGCAGGUCACAGCCUGGUCAUUCUAGACGAGGUCACUCUGCUGUGCAUAGGAGGGUUUUUCAAGAAUGGCACCGAGAAGAUGACAGUGCGGGCAUUGGAUGUGAGCACCAAGACGUGGAGGGUGAUGAAGGCACGAGGCCAAAUACCCUGCGCCCGGGGCGGGCACAGCACAGCCAAGGUGGGGUCCACUGUGUGGGUGUUCGGCGGGGAGGACUCCAAGAGGCGCCUUUUGAAUGACGUCUACAGCCUUGACCUCACCACGUUUGUGUGGGACAAGCUGGAGACCACGGGAACCCCACCGGUGCCCAGAGCGGGGCACACGGCCACGGUGUACAACGAGCACUACCUCACCAUCUUCGGAGGCGGCUCCCACUCCGUGUGCUUCAAUGACGUGCACGUGCUGGACCUGGACGCGGCUGAGUGGUCCCAUGCAGAGACGUACGGCAAGGUGCCAUCCCCAAGGGCUGGCCUGGUGGGAGUGGCGUUUGGGAGCUUCUGGUUCAUCAUGGGAGGUGGGGACAACCACGGGGGGGUGUCCGAAACCAUGCUGCUGGAUCUCGACUCGCUGGUCUGGUCGGUGGUUACCACAUCGCUUGAAAAGACUCCACUGGCCUCAGAAGGCUUGUCAGUGGUACCUGUAGGAACAUCCCUGGGCCCUGUGCUAAUAGCUUUCGGUGGUUAUAACGGGCGGUACAAUAACGAGGUAUUCCUGCUGCUUCCGGACACUGCUGCCCUGCUCAGAGCAGCAGAGGAGGAGGAGGAAGCUGCCGCUACAGCCGCGACUGCUACAGCCACUGCUGCUGCUACUGGCGUUUCGGAUUCAGCAGCAAAGGACGCAUCCAAACAACCACCAGCACCAGCACCAGCAGCAGCAGCAUCUGAAAGCAACAACUCUCGACCUGCCGCGACCACCACCGCCGCAACGGCAGCAGCAGCAGCAGCAGCAGCAGCUCCAACACCGGCACCGUCCAAAGCUUCCCUACCCCCAAUGCCCCCUCAAGCACCCAUUCCUUCUGGUGCCGCUGCUGCUCUUGGCCCCAUGCCUUCAGCUCCUGCCGCAAUGGACACAGCACCCCACACCAUGGGGGCGGGUGCUGCCGGUGCCAGUGCUGGGGGCAAGCAGAUGGUUCGGGCAGGGUCAGCUUCCAACAUCAUUGGAGGCACCCUGUCAGGUGGAAUUCCAGGUGGUUCUGCUGUGCCGGUGCCUGGUCACGGGCCGUCGCUGUCGGCUGGGGCAGUUGUGUUGGAUGACGUUGAGUUGUCGCCAACAGCACGGGACGCGGUGCUACUGGCGCAGCUGGAAGAGGCUGAAGCAGCCGCCACCAGAGCUGAGAAAGUCGCCCUCAAUGCAAGAGCAGAAGCCAGUCAAACAGCAGCAGAGGCACGUGCCGAUGCGUGGGCCGCUAUUGCCAAGGCGCAGAUGGAGGUGGACCUGCUGAAGCAGCAUCUGGCGACGGCCAUCAAGGCGAAGCAGCAGGCUGAGGAUGAGAUGGCGGAGGGGCAGGCCAAGGUUGUGGCGGCCCAGGCAGCUUCCGCAAGUGCUCAGGCUGAGGCGGGGCAAAUCAGGAAGGACUUGAACGAGUGCAGAAUAAAGGUGCAUGAGCUGGAGGGCGAGCUGGCGAAGAAGUCAGGGUCGGACGGGGGAAUGGCCACCCUUCAAAAGGACUAUGCUGCGCUGAAGAAUGCCUUGGCCGAUAUGGAACAGGAGCUGACGACGGCCAGAACGACCCUGGCAGCAGAGCAAGCGCGGUGCUUCCGGCUGGAAGUGGAAGUAGCAGAGUACAGGCAGCGGCUGGCCGGGAUGGCGGAUCUAGAGAGGGAGGUGGAGCUGCUCCAGCGGCAGCAGGCUGCCAGUGAUGCCAUGGCUGCUGCAAGUGCUGGCAAGGGGAAAGGCUGGCUGGCGGGGAUGGCGGAUCUAGAGAGGGAGGUGGAGCUGCUGCAGCGGCAGCAGGCUGCCAGUGAUGCCAUGGCUGCUGCUAGCACUGGCAAGGGGAUGGGAUGGUGGGGAGGGGGGCGGUAAAUUGUUGUUGGGGGAGGGGGGGGGAGGCGAGAGGAGUGAAGGCUGGCGGGCAUGGUGGAUCUAGAGAGGGAGGUGGAGCUGCUGCAACGGCAGCAGGCUGCUACUGAUGCCAUGGCUGCUGCUAGCGCUGGCAAGGGGAAGGGAUGGUGGGGAGGAGGGCGGUGAUUUGGGGGGAGAGGGGGGUAAGAGAGGAGCGAAGGCUGGCAGGUAAAGUGGCGGAGUACAGGCAGAGGCUGGCGGGGAUGGCGGAUCUAGAGAGGGAGGUGGAGCUGCUGCAGCAGCAGCAGGCUGCCAGCGACGCCAUGGCUGAAGCUAAUGCCGGGAAGGGCAAAGGCUGGUGGGGAGGGGGGAGGUAGUGGGGACGGAAAUCAGGAAGGUGCUUCCGGCGGGCAGGUGAAUUGAAGAGACAGGUGGGCAGCAGAGGAGGGCACUGACUGGUUGGGCGGGGAUGGCGGAUCUAGAGAGGGAGGUGGAGCUGCUGCAGUGGCAGCAGGCUGCUACUGAUGCCAUGGCUGCUGCUGCUGGUGCUGGCAAGGAGAAGGGCUGGUGGGAGGGGGGUGGCGGUUAUUGGGACGAGGCAUAUAGAGGGUUGGAGGGAAGCAUUUUGAGAAGCCGGUGGGCGCCGGGUGCAAGGAUGAUACACGUAUUGUUGUCCUGCGUGUGUUGUGAUGUGGUGGUGCUUGCUCACAUUGCUGUGAGAGGAAUGAUUUAUUGAUUGGUUGCUUCUUAUGGUGGAUUUGUUUGGUCGUGUCAAGUCCGGUCGUGAUGAUUCUGUUAAACCAAGAGCAGGCAGGAAGAGUGAUACUGUAAACCCCCGGAUAUAUGACCCUAGGGUCUUGAAUCAUACCCUGGAGAAUUUAGGGGGUGGGUCUUGAAUGAGGAGUUGCAAAUAAGUUACGAGGGACUUAAGGUGUACGCCUAUGGAAUGUGUGAUUGGAAGUGUAAUUCAGCGUCCC